AUGAAGCAAUCUCUCUUCUUCCUCCUCCUUGCAAAACGGUGCAGCGAUUUUCUUCUUCUUCAAACAGACGGCGCCAAAUUUAAUCUCACCGGAGAUUCACCCUCCGAUCCACCACCGUUUCCUUCAUACCUCCGUCUUGCUCUCUCCAUCUCAUACCUCUGGUUUCAAACUUCUUCAGAUCGUCUGAAAUCUAUUUUUAUCACAACUUCGUCUUAUCCUCUUCAUCGUUUCAACGUAGUUCAUGAUUCAAGCAAAAGAAGGAUGAUAAUUCGAUACACUCUCGGUCCUCUGCUGGGUACACGUUGUGCUACAAUUUGGAGUAGAGAGUGA